UUGAAGGAUGCUGAGAUGAAGAGGAGGAAGAGCACAAUGGAAGCACAGACUGUUGCAAAUCCCCCAGCCUAGUUUUCACUGCAGAGAAGACAGCCAGCAGUGCGUUUUUUUUUUCCACUAUGAUGAAGAAGAGCUGGGAGGUGCGGAGUGGAGACAGAGAAGUCCUUCUGGAUUUGGACGCCAGGGGUGAAGCUCACACCACAGACGGCUACGGCAGUCUGCAGAACGGGGACUUUUUCCCUUUACGAUGUUUUUCAGCCGCAGCUUCAAAGUGCCACGUCCACGGCGAUGAUCCAAUUAAUUUGCACUGUAUGACAAGAGAUAACCAAGCGGUCUCAAAGAUGGGCAACCACUUCAGAGAUGGACGAACUAAAAUUGAUUUUGUGCUGGUGUGGGAGAUCCGGUCACGGGGCAAGCAGCGAGGGAAGGGGAAAAGCAACGGGAACUGUGAGGAUGGGGAGUCUGCACAACAGGCAGAGUGGAGGGACAAGUUUGUCCAGAACCUCCAGAGUGCCGGACUGCUCUUGGAAAAGGAGGAAUCUGCGAAUGAAAAGAAAACCAUACAUUUUCUUAAAGUCAGCGCCCCCUGGGAUGUGUUGGUUUACUAUGCUGAGGAACUUUGCCUCCGAGCUCCACUGCAGGCCCAGCAACACCUGGACCUAAACACAUCUUCCGUUGUUCUAAGAAGACUCUGCGUUCCCAACAUAAUGAUGGAAUCGGUGCCAAACAGGCCGCUGGACUAUUACACAUGCGCCUUCCGCAAGUCAAAGAUGAACAGAUUCCUCGGCUCCGAAGACCAAGACAGCUACUUCACUAACACUCAGAGACACCAGGUUGUUUAUGAGAUUCUAGCUCGGACGGUGUACGGCAAAAGAAAGAGGACGGAGGUUGGCGUGGACAGACUGGUAAAUGAAGGGGCCUACACAGCAGCUUAUCCUCUGCAUGAGGGACCUUUCAAGCUUCCGAGCCACGAGAUCCAUGCUGACGAGCUCAACCAGAGGCAGGUCCUGCACUACUACUGGGCUCGCUGGUGCAAAUGGUUCAAGUACCAACCACUAGAUCACAUUAGGGAGUACUUUGGAGAGAAGAUUGCCCUCUACUUUGCUUGGCUAGGUUUCUACACAGCCUGGCUGCUGCCGGCGGCCAUAGUGGGAACGCUGGUUUUUGUGUCAGGAGUCAUGUCCAUGGACACUAACACACCAGCGGAGGACAUUUGUACCAGUGGUGCGAAGUAUCCGAUGUGCCCCCUUUGUAAAACAUGCGAUGCUUGGAACAUGUCUGAUAUCUGCACCAUGGCAAAGCUUGGCUACCUGUUCGACCACCCCGGUACCGUGCUCUUCAGCGUUUUCAUGUCCUUCUGGGCCGUGACCUUUCUGGAGUUCUGGAAGCGCAAGAUGGCUACUCUGGCCCAUCAUUGGGACUGCAUGGAUUUCCAUGAGGAGGAGGAACGUCCCCGUCCUGAGUUUGCCGCCACGGCCCCAACUGUGGAGGAAAAUCCAGUGACUGGAGUCAAAGAGCCGUACUUUCCAGAGAAGACGAGACUGUCUCGCAUGUUCACUGGCUCCAUGGUCAUUGUCCUGAUGCUGUGUGUGGUGAUAAUCUUCCUGGUGACAGUGGUCAUGUGUCGAGGAGUCAUCAGCGUCAUGAUGUACCAGAGCGGGAGCCCUGUGCUGCGUACAGAGGCUGGAACCAUAGCUAACAUCUGCAGCAGCAUUGUGAACCUGGGCUUCAUUCUGGUAAUGGGUCAGGUUUAUACGGCCUUAGCUGAGCAGCUCACCAAAUGGGAGAUGCACAGAACCCAAACCCAGCAUGAUAACGCUUUCACCCUCAAAGUGUUCAUCUUCCAGUUUGUCAACUUCUACUCGUCUCCCUUCUACGUGGCUUUCUUUAAGGGAAGGUUUGUGGGUUACCCUACAAACUAUGGAACCUUGUUUGGGAUGAGAAACGAAGAUUGUGGUCCUGGUGGUUGCCUCAUUGAGUUGGCUGAACAACUCUUCAUCAUAAUGGUGGGAAAGCAGCUCAUCAACAACAUCCAGGAGUUCAUUAUACCCAAAGUAAAAGCCUGGCGGCAGAAAAGAACCUUGGCCAGCGUGUUGGGAGAUAAUGAGCAAGACGAGCCUCGGCUCUGGGAGGAAGACUACAAGCUGGUACCAUGUGGGGGCCUGUUUGAAGAAUAUCUGGAAAUGGUCCUCCAGUUUGGGUUCAUCACAAUUUUCGUAGCAGCGUUCCCCCUCGCGCCGCUCUUCGCCCUCCUGAACAACUGGGUGGAGAUUCGCCUUGACGCCCACAAGUUUGUGUGCGAGUACCGCCGACCGGUGGCUGAGCGGGCUCAAAACAUCGGAGUCUGGUUCAACAUCUUAGAAGCCUUGUCCCAUCUGUCUGUCAUUGCCAACGCCUUUCUAAUCGCCUUCACAUCAGAUUUUUUACCACGCCUGCUCUACCAGUACAAGUUCAGGAAUGAUCUUAAUGGAUAUGUUAACUUCACCUUGGCCUAUGCACCACUCAACUACACUGACUACCCCAGGUGCAGAUAUAAAGCAUUCAGAGACAAUGAUGGAAUGUAUACACUCUUCUACUGGGAACUCCUCGCCGUGCGACUUGGUUUUAUCAUUGCAUUUGAGCAUGUGGUAUUUUUUGUUCUGCGAGCCAUUGACUGGAUCGUACCCGACGUACCCGAGUCCUUGGAGCUGAAGAUCAAGCGAGAGCGCUACCUGGCCAAGCAAGCGCUGGCUGAAAACCAGGAGGCACUGUUGCAAGCAACACGUCCUUUGGAUUGAUGAAUCGGGACUGCAAUGGAAUGCUGGGAGGAAACAUUCGAGGAAGACGCUCCUUUGAAUUUAGAAAGAUAAUUUUUUCAUCAUUUGAAAGUCAAAAAUCCAGCUCCAGAUGAGAUUGUUGAUGCUGCUGCACGCAUACUGAGGCAAAGGAAACUAAGGUCACUGGCUGACUCUUUCACCAGGAGGAUUCUAACUUCAGUUGUUGGAUAUUUGAGCUAUAAUUUCGAUGGGCUUUCCUUUUUGGAGCAAGGCGUAAUUCAUCAAGCAUGAGGAAUAAUGACGCUGCUUCUCUGCAGAUUAACUUGAUUUAUGACUACCAGCAGCUACAGCAUGCAUUGUUGAUGCAGAUGUGUACAGAGUCUCGCAAACGUACUCACAGCCCCUUUAUCUUUUUUUUUUUUUACACUUUGUCACAUUGCAACCACAAACGUCACUGUUUUACUGGGAUUUCA